AUGCGACGAAAAGAGACGUCGAAUGUAGCAACUGAUGAGUGUAUUCUUUCAGAGAACUUCGUCCGUUUGUGCGUGGGUCCUGGCGGGCGGCCUCGGCUGUGGGUGAGGGGUAAGAGCUUCUAUGCGGCCCAUACUAUGCGGUCCGGGAUCGUACGGUGGCGUUGUACAAUGGGCGGGUGCGGGUGCAAAGCCUAUACCCAAAAGGGGAAGUUGCACAAGCUCAUGGGCGAGCAUAAUCACGAGAAUCGCUGGAAGAGAAGACCGAUCAAAGCGAACGCCCGCUACUCUGGUUUUGCGUCGAACUCGUACGCGUUGCCGCGCGUACCGCAACUCGAUUUUGAUAAUUUUGACCCCACGGCCUGGGUCACACCGUACUAG